CGUAUCUUGUUAUGAAAAUUAAUUGUUUAUUUCGUAAAUUCUAACCCUAAGAAACGCAAGAAACCUUAAGUAGAUAAUCAGAUGUUAUAUGUUCGCCCAUUCAGAGAAUAACAGUAGUAAAAUAAGGUAUCAUAGAAACUCAAAAGGUAUAUAGGUAUCAGCUGUUCGUCUUUCGUCUCGAAAUUAAACUCUUUCUUCUAAGAUUUGUGAACUUUUAAUUUCUUUUUUAACUUAUCCGGCAUGACAAUGUCGUCAAGACUGUUCAGAUUUGCCUGUAAGAAGUCUGAGUUACGGCUUGAUAUUACUCUACAAUGUGGACAAUCCUUUAGGUGGCGUGAGGUCAACCCAGGGCAGUGGCGAGGCAUGAUAGGGAAUCGCGUGUGGACGCUUUCCCAGGACGAUACUCACAUUGUUUGCAUUCAGCAUCCACUAGAGCAAGACUCCUCCACUCGGCAGGAAGAAAAGAUAAAAAGGACAAACAACUCAGGGAACAAAUCAAGAUCUUGUCAUAAAACAAGAAAAACAAGUGAAAGGGAAAAUAACACAGAGGCUUUACUAAGUACCGAAAAGAUAGAAGCAUUAAUGAAUGAUUACUUCCAACUAGAUGUUAGUCUUGAGAAGAUGUAUGCUUUAUGGUCUAAGGCAGACCAGAAUUUUGCAUAUGUGAGUCCGCAGUUCCCAGGAGUGCGGAUGCUCAAUCAAGAUCCUGUAGAGAACGUUUUCUCAUUCAUAUGUUCAUCUAAUAAUAACAUUCAGAGAAUUACCAUGCUGGUGGACAGACUCUGUAAACUCUAUGGCUCCCCUGUGGCAACAGUGGAUGGAACAACGUGGAAUUCCUUCCCAAGGGUGACCUCCCUGGCCAAAUCAGGGGUGGAAGAGACACUCAGGGAACAUGGCUUUGGUUAUAGGGCAAAGUUCAUCAGCAAAUCAGCACAGAUGAUCCUGGAAAAGGGAGGGGAAGAGUGGCUGUUCUCCUUGCGAAAGUUGCCGUAUGAGGAGUGCCAUGCACAGCUCAUGACUCUGAAUGGCAUUGGAGCUAAAGUAAGUGACUGCAUCUGCCUUAUGUCCAUGGGUCAUCUAGGGGCCAUCCCUGUGGACACACACGUAUUCCAAAUUGCCGUUCGUGAUUACCUCCCACACCUGCGUUCUUGCAAGACAGUCACGGACAAGGUAUAUAAGGAAAUUGCCAACCACUUCCGGCAAAUCUUUGGGGAAUAUGCUGGUUGGGCACACUCGGUCCUCUUCAGUGCUGACCUCAAGAAAUUUGACAGUCUGAAGAAUGAUGAAAGUGAAGAGCAGAAUCAGAAGAAGAAGAAAAAAAAGAAAUGAUGGGAAAUAAAGAGACAGAGUUUUUGGGGAAAGAAUUAUCAAUUUGGGAUUUUUACUCAUAGCACUUGGGGUGUUUUUUGUUGGUCUCAGAAUGUAUAAAGUUGAGCAUACUUCAGUGCAGAUGUUAUGAAGGAGAUGUGUGUAGUUUGUCUCCUGUGUGAGUGAAGGAUGGUCUGUCCAUUUGUUGGCUUGCUGAAAUUCAGUUAUUUUGUACUGAGGGUGAUAAUGUGUGCUAGAGACCUUUGCAAAUACUCAGGUGAGAAAAAGAGACAGAUAAUAACUAUUUUAUAGAAAACUAUUUAAUGUUAUUCAAUAUAUUUUCGUUAUUUAUUUAGGACUGGGCUACUCAACUGUUAUGAGCAGAAGUCCAGUUAGACAAGUUCCAAUAUAUGCAGAAGUCCGAAUAAUUAUUUACCAUGCAAUCAUGAAAAUAAAACCACCAAUCGGAGUGCUCCAUAGUGUUCCCAUAUGUCCCCUAAUUUACCCUACAGUCUGUUAUGGAAAUACACUUUCAGAAAUCUAUCACCAGGACCUUCAUUUUAUUUAAUUACACUUUUCCCCUCCUGGAGCCUGGGGUCCUGCAACAACACUCAGGAGGUCCAGAUUCGGACCACAGGCCACUAGUUGAGUAGCCCUGAUUUAGGGAAAUUAAUGUACUUGAGAGAGAUUAACUUCAGUUAAUAUAAAAAGAUCAUCACCAUGUGUGAUUUCCUAAUUCCACAUGGAAUCUUAGAAUUUAUAUAUUGCUAUGUAAUUUAUGUAUUUUUUAUAUGCCUUUUUCACAAUAUAAUGCACUGUUCAAAUUUUAAAGUAAAGUUCCAUUUACAUGAGAAUUACUUAAUUGUGAUGAAUGGUAUUAGAAUGUUAUUCAUCUUGCAUUGUGAUGCAAUGCAAUCUCUUUCAUACUUUUUAUUCAGUGUAUAGGAUCAGUUAUUUCAGAGAUUCUAACUGGACUUUGGUACUCCAUUUAAUUCAAGAUUUUGAUAAUUUAGAAACAAGGAUGAUUUAAAUGCAUUGAACUAUUUUCUUGAAUAUUUCUCAGGUUUAGAUCAUGUAUUUUAAGGAUGAAAUAAAUAUAUAUUCUAUCACAGUA